GCAAGGGGAUGGAGUCUCGCCUGUCAAUCAUGCCAGCUGUUGACGACCUUGCCAGCCGAUGACUAGAGUUAUCGCUCUACUUCUGACGCCGUCGACAUCGACUACAGUCGCUACAGUUGAAGAAUCGUGAGAUCAGUGUUUGUCCAAAUAUCCUUAAGUGAAGAGAGGAGGAAACGCAAAGAUGUCUGCAGGUGAUACCAAUGAGAUCCGAGUGGUCCUCCUGGGCAAGACCGGUGCAGGCAAGAGCUCCCUUGGCAACACUCCUCUGGGUGAAGAUAAGUUUGAGAUCGGCCGAGGGCUGUCGUCUGGUACAGAAGUGUGUCAGAAUGCUCAUGCAGAACUGGACGACAUGUGUCUACAGGUAACAGACACACCUGGCUUGUGCGACACCCACAGACCGGAAGAGGAAGUGCUGCGAGAGGUUGCCAAGAGCGUCGCCAUUGCCGGUCCCGGCCCUCACGUGGUGCUCCUGGUGUUUCGCUGUGAUCGUCGCUUUACCGCGGUUAGUUUGUAAAACAUUUCCCUGAAA